CUACUUGUGCAGACUUGAAGAGGAAGAGGACUGAUAACCCUGCCUGCUUCGGCGCCCGACCCGGACACACACACGCGCGCCCCCUGGCCGCCCGAACGUGGCUGUGAGCUAUCGGAUCACAAGGCAGAGAUGGCGCAGCCUGCCGGGCUCGUCGAGGGCCAGUCCGGCCUGCCGGUCGAUAACCCGACCCAGUCGUACUGGCUCAAGGAGCCGUCCAAGACGCUCCUGGGCCACCGGACGACGGCCGAGCUGCCCCGCUCCGCCGACGUGGUGAUCGUGGGCAGCGGCCUCACCGGCAGCUUCGCUGCCCACUUCCUCAACGAGAAGCGGCCAGACCUGAAUGUCGUCAUUCUCGAGGCUAGAGAGGCGUGCUGGGGCGCUACGGGCCGGAACGGCGGCCACUGCCAGCCGGCGAUCUACGCGGCUGCGGCACCGCACAUCGCCUCGUUCGAGCUGCGCAACUUCCUGUUCCUCAAGGGGCUCGUCGAGGAGCACUCGAUCCCGUGCGACUGGCGGUCGACGAGCGGCGUGCACGCCUUCUACUCGGCCGAGUUGUUCGCCAUCGCGCGCCGCAUCGUCGACAACCUCGCGGAGCGGUACCCGGAUCUGGCGGCCAACGUCGCCGUCGUGACCAAGGGCCGCAGCGGCCGCGGCGGUGACGACGACGACGCGGACGACGAGGGCGGCCUCGCCGGCACCCCCGCGUACCUCCUCGAGGGCGAGCGCCGCGAGCUCACCCUCGACGGCCUGCGCGUGCCCCGCGCCGACGGCGCCAUCGUCCAGUGGAACGCCGCGAGCCUGUGGCCCUACAAGCUCGUCGCAUUCGUGCUCGAGCGUCUGCUAGCGGCCAACGCCGCCGCCGGCGCGGAAGACGGCCGCGGCUCUUUCAACCUACAGACCAACACGCCGGUGACGGGGCUCUCGCGCGCCGAGGCAUUCGCCCCCCGCCGCGGCAGUACCGGUGCCGGGGCCCCUCCGCCCCGGUCUGUGUGGACGGUGCACACGCCUCGCGGCACGGUGACUGCGCCGCAGGUCCUGCUGGCGACGAACGGGUACACGUCACACCUGCUGCCGCAGUUUAGCGACCUACUGGUGCCGACACGGGGGCAGGUGUCGGCGCUGAAGCCGCCGGCGACGCCCGCGGACCCCGCGGGCGGCAGCCAGCCGCUGCCGCCGCUCGACAUCGGGCACACGUACUACAUCGUGGGGGAGCCGCGGGACCCGUUCGCGCGCGACGACUACCUGGUGCAGCGGCCCCCGCCGGCGGCCGAGCUCGUGUUCGGCGGCGGGCGCCAGCACGCGCGGGGGCGCGGCGUCGGCGUGUGGGACGACGCCAGCGUCGACGAGCCCGUCGCGUGGUACCUGCGCGGGGAGCUGAGCAGCGCGGUGGAUCUGACGCCGCGGGCGGCGCCGCCCGUGGUCGAGCCGAUCCACCAUCACCACCACCAUCAUCAUCACCACCACUCCCAUUCGCAUUCGCACUCCCACUCGCACUCUCAUCACCAGGAGAAGGAGGGCAGGGAGGACGCGAAGAGGGCAGGCGAAGCGGGCCAGAAGCAGGACCUGGAGCCGACGCACGAAUGGACGGGGAUCAUGGGGUACACGCGGGACGGGCACCCGUGGGUGGGCGCGGUGGGCGAGGGGCUGGGCGGCGGGCCGGGGCUGUGGGUGUGCGCGGGGUACACGGGCCACGGCAUGCCGAACGCGGCGCUGAGCGCGAAGGCGGCGGCGGUAAUGCUGCUCGGCGAACGCGACGGCGACGACGGCGAGAUCGAGAUCGACCUCCCGCCCGAGUACGAGGUCUCGGACAAGCGCGUCGCGGCCGCGCGCCGGCUCGACGGCGUCCUGCAGGCGGACGAGAAGGGCAGCUUGUUCAUGGACUUUGGGGGCGUGAGGGGGUGAGGUGAGCGAGGCUGAGGGGGAUAAGGGGGAGCGAGGAAUGAGUGAAUGGGCGUGAGGCGGGAGAAAAAGGACAAAAGGGGAGAAGGGGAGGAGUAAAAGCCUUACAUAAAGGGGCUCAGGAUGAUUGCUUAGAUCGAAGACACAUUUGCCUGUAGCCAUAUGUAGGUAUCUUCUGGCAGGAUGUUUGGAUGUCAGUCUCGUGCUCGCUUCAUCCCCCAGGUAAUGAACUCGUCUUUCUCGAACGAGGAUGGUAAGAGUAGGCAGUAAAGCGUACGAAGACGGGAGGAUACCGACUUAACCCAAACUACUCGCGACGUACAUGCGGUAAUU